GAUGAUCUAUAUGUUAAUAAUAAUUAUUUUCCAAGACCAGCUAAGUUUAUUGAUAAGAAUUUUGCAUUCAGUUCUUUGAAAUCUACGGAUCAGUCUUAUUUGGUGGAAAUUCUAGAAUCACAAAACUUUGUAUCCAAUACAAAUGCUUCUUUAUAUUCACAGAUGUUGACAAGUCAACCUUAUUUUGAGGGCGAGAUUUCAGGGUCGCAAAGCAACAUGUUAAAUGGUUUAUCUCUAACUUCUGCAGGUCAACUUUAUUUGGAUAAUGAGUCUAAUUGUGAGAAACAAAUUCCGGAACCUUAUUAUGAAGAUGAUGAAAUAUUAGAACUACAAAAUCCUGCAUCUAAUUUUUCAUAUUCACAAACGUUUACAGACCAACAUUAUUCUAAGAAUGAAGUUCUAGAAUUACAAAAUCUUUUAGUUGAUGCAGUUAAUAGUGCUAAUUUAUCUCUGGAUGCACAAAAUGAUACUAACGAUAUACAAGUACAAGAAAAUGAGCUGGAGAAUGAACACUCAUUAGAAUUGAUUCAAG